AUGAAACGAAACACGGUUGCAAAAUCUCCAAUAUUAUCUCGACAAAAUGAUGUCAAUCACACUUAUCCGGGGGAUCCAGGGCUUCACGCUCAAGCUUUUCAACAGCAACUCCUUCAAUUGAAAAAGCAACAACAAUUACAACAGCAAAUUUUAUUGCAACACUAUCAGACGCAACAGCAACAAUUAGCGGAACAACAUGAACAACAGUUACGACAUCACUUGAAGGAAUUUCGAGAGCAACAGAAAGCUCUAGAAGAACAAAAGGAAAGAAGGGAAAAGGAAAAAUUGGAAGCUUUAAAAAGAAAAGACAAGCAUGAACAAAGUGCCGUCGCUAGCAGUGAAGUUAAACAAAGAUUACAGGGAUUUCUUCUUAAUAAAAAACAACGAGAAGCAGCAGCGAACGGAACGUCGGGUCCUUUACCAGGUUCCGCUAGCUUUAACAGGAGCCAACAAUGGGGUGAACCUCCCAGUUCAACACCGUCAGGAGCAGGAGCACCUCAUCCCUACCACCUUAACCAUCUCGUGGCAGCCAAAUACGAUGAAGAUUUUCCGCUUAGAAAGACAGCCUCGGAGCCGAAUCUGCUCAAAGUGAGGCUAAAGCAACGGGUAAUUGAAAGGAGAGCCUCACCAAUGGCCAGAAGAAAUCAAAGGUUGAUAUCGACACUCAAGAAAAAAUCUGUACUUGUUAAUGCCGCCAAUAACAGUACGGAAACGACUUCUUCUAAUUCUCCUCCUGUUGUGACCAAUUUAAGAACGUCUCCUUCGGCAGCAGGGAGUACUCCUAUCAGAGAGGAACCCGAGUCUCCUACUUACGGCCAAUUAAGUAAUUCAUCUCAACAAGGCUCCAUGUCUGAUUUAUCACUGUACAGCAGUCCGUCCAUGCCUAAUAUAUCGCUAGGACGUCCCCCCUCAUCUCAUAAUUCCGGACACGAAAAUAAAUUAGCAUCCGUUUCCGAAGCAGAAGUUCGUGCUGCUUUUACAGCAAGAUUAGGAAUGCCUUUAACUGGACAAAUGCUCCCCGGAACGCUUCCGUUCUAUCCUACUUUGCCUGCUAUUGACAGUGAACCUACUGAUAGCGCUGCCGUUCAUAAGCAAAUGGAAACAUUAGAACAAUCUGGAAAUCCUACAGUUUCCGGGUAUCAGCAAAUGACCGACAGUCAAGUUGCUCACGCUCGUCUUACUAAACACGGUCAUAGACCUUUAGGAAGAACUCAAUCUGCACCCUUACCCUUGGGUCAUCCAAUGUUGGCAUCUCAUAAUGUUCUCACCAUUCCUCAACGUUAUGAAGAUCAAAGAACUCAACAUAAUUUGCUUAAACAACAAAUCCGUCAAACAGUUUUAACGCGAGCCGGAAGACAAUUGGAAGACCAACCGGAAGUGGUUGAUGAAACGGCUGAAGUUAUCGAUCUCACAGAUCAGAGAUUAGAAGUUGAUGAAGAUCAAAACGAGUGCGAAAUGUCUCGGCAGCAAAAAGAUAGAGAACAAUUUUUGCAACAGCAAAGAGAUUUAAUGAUGAGACAUAAUCUGCAAGCGAACGAAGGAUCAACUUUUGUUCCGAGAAAUACUUCUUACGUUGCUCGACCUUUAUCUAGAGCACUUUCCAGCCCAUUAGUCGCUUUGGGAGGUUCAGACAUUCCUUUAUCGCCAGUAAACUGUCAUUCUUCUCACGUACCUAAAUUAAAUAGCAGUGUUCAUUGUAUUACAACGGGUUUAGCUUUUGACAAUCUCAUGUUGAAGCAUGCUUGUGUUUGCGGGGACAAUUCUUCUCAUCCCGAACACGGUGGUAGAUUGCAAAGCGUUUGGGCGAGAUUACUCGAAACAGGUUUAGUCGCUAGAUGUGAUAGGCUUAGAGCCAGGAAAGCAACGAUAGAAGAAAUUCAAAGUUGUCAUAGCGAAGCUCACGCUUUGCUUUUUGGUACAAAUCCUUUAAAUAGACAGAAAUUAGAUAUAAAUAAAAUAGCUGCUUUGCCAAUCAAGUGUUUCGUUCGACUCCCUUGCGGUGGAGUCGGUGUAGAUUCGGAUACAACGUGGAAUGAAUUGCAUACAGCACCUGCUGCCAGAAUGGCUGUUGGCUGCGUCGUGGAUUUGGCAAUGAAGACUGCAAUGGGAGAUAUGAAAAAUGGAUUUGCUGUCGUUAGACCUCCCGGUCAUCAUGCAGAAAAUUCUCAAGCCAUGGGAUUUUGCUUUUUCAAUUCUGUCGCAAUAGCAGCAAAACUUUUACAGCAAAGACUAAGAGUUAGAAAAAUAUUAAUUUUUGAUUGGGACGUACAUCACGGAAACGGAACUCAACAAAUGUUUUACGACGACCCUCACGUUUUAUAUUUAUCCGUACAUCGACACGAUGACGGGAAUUUUUUCCCCGGAACUGGGGGUCCUACCGAAUGUGGAACAGGAGAGGGUCUCGGUUACAACGUCAACAUUGCUUUUUCCGGUGGUUUGCAACCACCCAUGGGAGAUGCGGAAUAUUUGGCAGCUUUUAGAACUAUCGUCAUGCCGAUUGCAAAAAAAUUUGAUCCUGAUAUUGUUUUGGUAUCGGCGGGUUUCGAUGCUGCCGCCGGUCAUCCGCCACCUCUUGGAGGUUAUAAAGUCUCGGCGUCUUGUUUUGGUCACAUGACCCAAGAAUUGUUAAAUUUAGCCGAUGGAAAAGUCGUUUUGGCUUUGGAAGGAGGGUAUGAUCUGCCAUCUAUUUGUGAUGCCGCUCAGGAAUGUGUGAGAGCUUUAUUGGGUGAUGAUCCCACCCCCAUUUCCGAAGAAGAACUAACUAGACCACCUUGUCAGGCUGCUGUUGAUACGAUGCAAAAAACUAUAGCCAUACAAUUGACGCAUUGGCCAUGUUUGAAAAAAUUGGCGCACACGGUCGGAUUGCCUUAUGCCGAAAAGGAAAAAGAAGAUAGUGACACGAUCACGCGCAUGGCCGGUUUAUCGAUGCAACAAAAUCAAUAUUUGCAAUCUCCAGAGCGCACUCAUCGUGAUUCUGAAGAACCCAUGGAAGAAGAUGAGGGUAAAUGA